GAUGGCGGAGGUCAGGCUCUGUUUUGGAAGAGGAGCAUUGGACAGAUUCUUCCACUUUCACCUGCGGGAGAGUUCCAUUAAACGCGGCAACAGUUUAACUCAGACCUCGUCCCUGACCUCCGCCUUUCUGCCGGGUUGUUUUACAAAUGGCGGCCUGCAGGGAGCCGGAAGAGCCGCGGACAGAGUGACCGGUGCCGGCUCACGGUACAGUUACAUAAGUGGGACAGUGGAGCUCGGUGCUGAGGAGGAAAUCUGUGGAAAUGUCGCUGAAUAUCAGUGUUGUCACGGACUUACAGAUGUUUCACUUUAUAAUAAGACCCGGGUUCAGAUUCGAGGAGAAACUCUGCCUCGGUGCUGGAGUCGUUCAAAGUUCAGGAGGAGUUUCCUGCACAGUCCGCAGGUUGUGUUCAUCCGGGAGUUCGGGAGCAACGGGACCCGAUCCGAGCCCCUGUUCAGAACCAAGACCGGCUAUUAUGAGAUCCUGGAGGUGUCCCCCAGCGCCACGCAGGCCCAGAUCAAAACCGCCUACUACAAGCAGUCCUUCGUCUUCCACCCGGACAGGAACGCCGGCAGCGAGGUGGCCACCGUCCGCUUCUCCGACAUCAGCGAGGCCUACACGGUGCUGGGCAACAAGGCGCUGCGGAGGAAGUACGACCGGGGGCUGCUCAGCCAGUCGGACCUCCUAGCGACGGCCAGACCCUCCUCCUCCUCCAAGGACGACCCCGGGACCUCCACCACACAGCAGGCCGGCCGCGGGCGGUCUGUGGCGGGCGCCUGGAACCGAGAAGGCGUCUACGACUUCGACAAGUUCUUCAAGUCCCACUACAGCGAGCAGCUGCAGAGAGAGAGAGAGAUCCGGGCCCGCAGAGAGGACCUGCUGCGGGACAGACACAAGGCGGUGGUCGAGAAGAGGAGCACGCUGAUGGAGAUGUGCGUCGCGCUGAUGAUGGUGAUGGCUGUGUGUUUAACUUACAGUCUAAACCGGGGGUGAUGGAGGAACGUGGACCCGGACAGGACUGCUGGACAUGGCCCUGUUACCUCUACCAAAUGUAACCCUGUCUCUAAUGUACACCUCUCUGUGGAAGAGACAUGAAGCUCCAUCAUGUUUUGUUCCAAGAGAGUGAUUUUCUAUAGAUCACACUGUCGUCAUGCGAGCUGCUAACCAAACACCGGACUGGUAGAGAAGCAUAGAACUGCAACAAUUCAUCUCCAAACAUCCACUGUCACGUCAUUAUCAAUGAAUUACCAUGUCACAAAACAUCACUCAAGAACAAAUGAGAGGAUUUGUUGCCUUUCUCUAUCGAGAAAUAUUAAAGUAAAUGUUUGGUCAUUUUUUAGACCAAAUUAUUAACUAGUUAUUAAUCUGCAGUUGCAGCGUGCAUAUGAGUAACAAUUCCCCAGAGGACAAGUGCAGUGCUCUUCUUGUCACUGUGUGAAGUCAUUGUUCAUUAUGUGUUUGUAGAACAGUUAAAUGAAAUCAGAUUUUCACCCAUGUCUGUUAAUUUGUUUGUUGGUUUGUAAACAAGAUUACCUAAACAAAAACUCAAAACUGGAGGAUGGAUGUGGUUUGGGUCAAGGAGGAAGGAAGAUGUGAGAACUUUGUGCAAUAACAGACGUUUUCAACAAUUUUACAAUUUCUGCAGGGAAUAAUUAUUGAGUAUUGAUGAACAGGCACCGUUAUGGAAGUGGUAGCUAUGAAAUUUAGUACAGCUUGAAUUAAUUGUUGGGCCUUGGUGGAGGUAAUGUGCUCUGCUGAGUGUCAUUCUAAUUCUGUACUGUUUUUACUCUGUGGGUUUUUAUCUGCCACAUGUUGUUGGCAUGUGAUCACAUGCAGACAGAGGAAGAUUCAGUGGUUGAUUUACAACCUGGUAUUGUUUCAGUUCAACUCCUUUGGCUUUUGUAAAGUCAUCUUCCUCAACAGUUAAUUUUUGACCAGGGUUUAUUGCAAUUUAUAAAAUAUUUAUAGCAAUGUAAAGAAUGUCAGAUGAGUCAGUUCUUGAAAAUGCAUUAAACAGGCAUUCAGGAACUGUAAGGUUAUGCUCACACAGUGAAGUUAAAGAAUGUGCCUUGGGUAAAAAUGUAUUGUACAAAUCUUUGGUUUGUUUUUUGCUGAUAUUUUAAGAAUAAAUGAUUAAUGUUCA